CACCGUAGAAAAUAGAAGGAAAUUGAGCAGCUCUUUCUUCAAAAUCCAAAGGGAAUUGAAAGGCAAAAGCGUUGCGGUUCGAUUAUCAAAAUUCAAAGGCAUAUAGCUCUCUUCCUACGUUUCAUACGCAAUUAGCUUCAUUUUCUUCCACUGCCCAACUCAUGUUGAAUUUCUGGGGUAACAAAGAGCAACGGGCUCAGUCAAGUCCUCAAGAAGCUAAUAAUGGUUCACGAUAUUCACCUUCUGUAGUCAGCUCACCAAGCUCUUCCCGCCCUGCAACCCCUAGUUCAAACUCUUCUGGCGGUUUUAAUGCGCAGAGUCCAACAAACAGGCCAAGCUUUGUGUCCCAAGUUUCUCCUGCAGAGGCUGCUGACAUCGCUGCUGCUUUAAGAAACAAGAGUGUUAAUGAGCUAAAGAAGCUUGUUUCUGACAAGGAUGCUCGUCACAACUUCUUACUUUCACUUGAGGCUGUCAAGACUCAGAAUAAUGUCAGGGAUGAGCUUCGGAAUGCAACUCUGCAGCUUGCUAGGGAGAAUUUAGAAAAAGAACCCUGGAUAAUGGAGCUGAGAAAUCAGUGCAGAAUCAUCCGCACAACUGAAUUGGCUGCUGCUCAAGAAAAGAUGCAUGAGCUGGAAAGGAGAAAAGAAGAGCUUCUAAAGUCAUACUCUCCUGUGUCGCUUCUCCAUCAGCUACAAGAUGCCAUGAAGAAAACGGAGGAGGACUCUGAAGCCCUUCUUGGCCAGCUCCUUGAUCAAGAAAUUGAUCUUACAACAUUCGUGCAGAAGUACAAAAAACUGCAAUGCAGUUACCACAAGCGUUCCCUCACACAUCUUGCUGCUAAGGCAUCUUUAGGCAACCAUAGUUAGCUAUAAACUAUCCGUUACACCUCUCUAAACUGAUUAAGAAACAUCUCUUGAAGACGCUUAAUGUAAAUGUACCAUGAUGAACUACAAUAGUCCCAAUUGCUUCCUUCAUUUCA